CAGGCUGUACUCACACAAGGACAUGUCCAGGCAAAACUCCACUGGAUAUUUCAAACUCCAGCGUUUCAGCUCUCGUCUUUCUUCUUAUUUCUUUCUAAAUCUAAACCAGAACAGGAAGAACAGGAAGUACCCGACCACACUCUUAUGUAACACAGGGAGACCCCUCCUCCAACACAGGCACAGAAAGCAGGACAGGGAUCAUCUCACUUCGGACCAACACAGAGAAUCAUGGGGUUUCUUCCUUUCUUCUCUUUAGAAACAUGGACUCUGCUGAUCACAUGUUUCUGCCUGUUUGUAACGUACGGCUACUGGUCAUACGGAGUCUUUGAAAAGUUGGGGAUCCCUGGUCCAAAGCCAGUCAUGUACUGGGGUACAUUUGGUCGACUCAACAAAGUUUACUACUUAGCCGACGUCGCGUGUGCUCAGAAGUAUGGAAGAGUGUGGGGCCUGUAUGAGUUCAGGACGCCUGUGAUGGCUGUGAUGGAUCCCGACAUGUUGAAAACCAUACUGGUGAAAGAAUGUUUCACCUACUUCACCAACCGGAGGAACCUGCCUCUCUCAGGAGACCUCUCUGAUGGGGUGUCUCUUGCUGAGAACGACCAGUGGAGGCGGAUUCGUAACACCCUCUCUCCUUUCUUCAGCUCUGGUCACAUAAAAGAGAUGUUUGGCAUUAUGAAACAUCAUUCCAAGAAACUGACCCUCAGUCUGCGGUCCAAGGUGCAGGAUGGUGACACUGUUACUAUGAAAGACUUCUUUGGACCCUACAGCGUAGAUGUGAUGGGAAGUUGUGCAUUCAGUGUGGACAUGGACUCGAUCAACAACCCGACAGGUCCCCUCAUCACCCACGCCUCCAAUCUGUUUAACAUCUCCAAACUGCUUGUUAUUGCUAUAGGCUGCUUUCCCUUUGUUCUUCCUCUCUUGGACCUGCUGGGUGUCUCGAUUUUUCCCAAAUCUUCCACCGCUUACUUUAAAACACUUCUGGAGAAGGUGAAGGGAGAACGAAAUGACGUCUUGAAUCAGAAACUGGGAGACUUCCUUCAGCAUAUGAUGAACUAUCAGAGCACCAAGAUGCAUGAACCCAUGAAUGAGAAGCAGAGGAACGGUCUCACUGAGCACGAGAUCCUCUCUCAAGCAACACUGUUCGUGUUCGCCGGAUACGAGACAAGUGCCUCCGCUCUCGUUUUCCUGGCCUACAAUUUGGCCACAAAUCCUGAAGUCAUGCAGCGUCUGCUGAGGGAAAUAGACUCCACCUUCCCGAAUAAGGCUCCAGUUCAAUAUGAAGCUCUGAUGAAGAUGGAAUAUCUGGACAGUGUGGUCAAGGAGAGUCUGAGGCUCUACCCUUCAGCUACACGUCUGGAACGAACUGCCAGAGAAACUGUGAAGAUCAAUGGAAUCACAAUCCCAAAGGAGAUGAUGGUCAUGAUCCCAGUGUUCGCUCUGCACCGUGACCCAGAGUUGUGGCCCGAGCCCGAAGCCUUCAAACCCGACAGGUUUAGUAAGGAGAACAAGCAGAACAUUAAUCCAUACACUUACCUGCCCUUCGGUGCUGGGCCCAGGAACUGUUUGGGGAUGCGCUUUGCCCUGGUUGUGGUCAAACUGGCCCUGGUGGAGGUUUUGCAGAACUUUGUCUUUUCCGUCUGUGAGGAGACAGAGAUCCCCCUGCAGAUGGCUGCCACAACAUUUAUUAGUACUGCACGACCCAUUAAAUUAAAGCUGGUGACACGAUCCAAUGUCUCAGAGAACGGUGAGAAGAAGAACGAAGAGUGAGCGUCCUUUUUUUGUGUGAAAAGCUUGUAAAACCAUGAAACAAACAAGUGAUAGAAACACGAGAUCAUGUUAAAAGCGAAAUAAAUAAGAUGAAAAAUACUAUGAACUGGGGGUGCUCAAUAAACACAUUUUGUGGCAUUUACAGACUUAUAGAAUAGUGAUAAGCCUUUGUGAAGAGGUUUGUAAUGUUUAAGGAAAUAAAUCAUUUUAAAUUUAGAA